AUGGGGGGUGGGUUUUGGUGUGGGUGGGGGUUGUUGUGGGGGAGGAAUUAUAGCGGGAGGUUAAAAGGGGGGGGGGGGGGGGGGGGUGGGGGGGGGUGGGGGGGGGUUUGGGUAGGGGGGGCGGCGAUCUUAUGGGGGGGGGGUUUGAUUAGGGUUAUGGGUGAGGAUAUUGUUUAUAAUGGGGAUGGGGGGGGGAGUGGGGGUUUAUCGGGGGGGGUGGCUGGUAGGGGGGGUGUGGGGGAUGGGGGGAUGGGAGGGGGGGUAGGGGGGGGGGGGGGGGGGAUAGGGGGGGGGUAG